AUGACGACCACUGCUGGCGGCGCGGAAGACCCAAUCUCGCCAGUAGGCCAGUCGAAGCCUGAACUUACGAUCUCUGCCGCUGCGAUCAACAACGUGCCCGUGGAGCUCGAUGCCAAGGCUACAGCCAUCGAUCAGCGACGCGGGUCUCGUGGACAAGUGCUAGAGGAGAUGAGUCCUCACGAUAAGGAGAAGAGGCAGCAACUCAUUUCUGAGCGACAGGGCGAUAUGGCUGUCCUGGUCGAUAUUCCCCAGACGCCGGACGCGGAUGAGUUCGAGCAAGCAGAGGCUGUCACCACGGACGAUAAGCCGUAG